AUGGGGCUCAAAGUCAUCAAGGACCCAGUGACACUUCGAGCUCCUUGUGGGCAAGGACUGCCUUUCACCUUUAUUCGUGCCCUUAGUACAGUGCCUGGCACAGAGUGGGCACACAACGGGAAUAGAGAGUCUACAAUAAGGAAAGAUGUCUUUCCCAGGUUGAGCCUUUCUGCCCAGACCCAGGUUAUUUCUGUUCAGGCUUUGCCUCGGACAGCCUCGCUCCUCCGUGAUUGGCCUCCGUUGGGGUCCUCGCGCCUGUCCAAUAUGUCGGCGCCCACUGGAGGUGUGAAUUGUGAGGAGAUCGCUGAGUUCCAGGAAUUACUCAAGUUGAUGAGGACGAUUGAUGACAGAAUAGUACAUGAAUUAAACACUACGGUUCCAACAGCUUCCUUUGCAGGAAAAAUUGAUGCCAGCAAAACCUGUAAACAACUUUAUGAGUCUUUGAUGGAAGCUCAUGCCAGCAGGGAGAAAGUAAUAAAAAACUGCAUAGCUCAGACAUCAGCAGGAGUAAAGAUCCUUCAAGAACGGAGAGAGAAGGAUUUGAAUGAUUUAACAUUAUUAAAGCAAAUUAGAAAAGAGCAGACAAAGUUGAAAUGGAUGCAGUCAGAACUGAAUGUUGAAGAAGUAGUGAAUGACCGAAGCUGGAAGGUAUUUAAUGAACGUUGCAGAGUUCACUUCAAGCCUCCAAAGAAAGAAUAAAGAAAGGAUAUUUCUGAAGGAGAUAGUCAUAUCCUAAGAGCUGAACAAGACAGACACAGGAAGGGCAGGAUGCUUAGAUGGAUGAUUUCUGAGCCAACAGACCAAGACCUUUUGUUGAUUUCAGGCCCACUUUGCCAAGACCUCAAGUAUAAAUAAUUCUAAUAAUUAUGGAGAAAUCAACUGCUAUUUUAUACUGAAUCUGUGAAAAAAUGUUUUGUAACUAUUAAAAUAAUUUUCAGACGGA